UUCUAUCUCCUCAAUGUCCCAGUAUGUAACUCCCUCAGGCUUGAACAUUCUCUUACUAUCUCUAGUUUGUCUAUUCCUUGUUCUCAGUCCUCCUAUUAUACCAGUGCUUUCGCACACAGGGGCCAGUGGGAUUCAGAGGUGGGAAGAUCUCCACGGUGACACCUUGGUCUCCAUGUGAGCAGGUGCGUAGAGCAUGGAUUCACAGUUCCUGGGAACUCACUCGCCCGGGCUAUAUGAGAUCAGUCAAAGCAAAGCUCUUCGCUCACCUCAUCAAACACAAACAACCACGGGAUCCUGGAGAAAUGAAACUGCUUAACUCUGGAUUUACAGCUAGAUCACUUUUAGCCUUCGUAGUUACAUACUUAUUUUCAUUCCAUUCUUGAAUCUGAAUCUUGGAUCCAUAAUUGUGCCGUUUUGAACAGGAUUCAGAGACCAUCAUUUGAAUUUGCACAAGACUCAGCCACAAGACUGGCUUGGACUGGUUGGAUUUGUUUUGGAAAUGAACAGUGCACAGACUAUAUCCCUAAACAGGACGGAGAUGGAGGAGAUUCCAGAAGACUUCCAAGAACAGGAGAUGAACCACGAGAUGGUGAACAACACUGCAUGUUCUCCCAAUGGCUUCCCAGGGGUUCCUCAUGUGCGCGGACAUGAGUCUGCAGCCCAGCGCUACACGACAACACGUUUACAAGCAGGUUUUCCAGACAGUAUGGCAGACUAUCUGAUAAGUGGAGGAACUGGCUAUAUCCCUGAUGACGGACUGUCUGCCCAGCAGCUCUUUUCAGUUGGAGAUGGUCUCACCUACAAAUCAGAACAGCAGUCUGUCCGAGACGGACUCACGGCGGAAGAGCUUUGCUCUAUGGGGGACGGUAUGACUUACAAUGACUUCCUGAUCUUGCCUGGCUUCAUUGACUUCACCUCAGAUGAAGUGGACCUGACCUCAGCAUUGACCAAGAAAAUCACACUGAAGACCCCACUCAUCUCCUCUCCUAUGGAUACUGUUACCGAAUCCUCAAUGGCCAUUGCCAUGGCACUGAUGGGAGGAAUUGGCAUCAUUCACCAUAAUUGCACACCAGAGUUUCAGGCCAACGAGGUGCGCAAAGUGAAGAGGUUUGAACAGGGUUUCAUCACUGAUCCAGUGGUCCUGAGUCCUCGUCACACUGUAGGUGAUGUACUUGAAGCAAAAGUUCGACACGGAUUCUCUGGAAUCCCCAUAACUGAGACGGGCAAGAUGGGCAGCAAACUGGUCGGCAUCGUCACGUCACGAGACAUUGAUUUCCUGUCUGAGAAAGAUCAUAACAAACCCCUAGAGGAGGCCAUGACUAAAAGAGAGGAUCUUGUAGUCGCUCCUGCUGGUGUCACACUAAAAGAAGCCAAUGACAUCCUGCAACGCAGCAAAAAAGGUAAACUACCCAUCGUGAAUGACAAGGAUGAACUGGUGGCCAUAAUAGCCCGCACAGACCUGAAGAAGAACAGGGACUAUCCUCUGGCCUCCAAAGACUCCCGCAAACAGCUGCUGUGUGGCGCUGCCAUCGGCACCCGUGAAGACGAUAAAUACCGUCUGGACCUGCUCGUGCAGUCUGGGGUGGAUGUAGUGGUUUUGGAUUCGUCACAAGGCAAUUCCGUAUACCAGAUUAACAUGAUCCAUUACAUUAAGCAGAAGUACCCAGAUCUGCAGGUUGUGGGAGGGAAUGUGGUUACAGCUGCUCAGGCGAAGAACCUGAUAGACGCAGGGGCGGAUGCGUUGAGAGUGGGAAUGGGCUGUGGUUCUAUCUGCAUCACACAGGAAGUCAUGGCAUGUGGACGGCCUCAGGGUACCUCCGUGUACAAGGUGGCAGAGUACGCUCGGAGGUUUGGGGUGCCUGUCAUCGCAGAUGGGGGCAUCCAGACGGUCGGCCAUGUGGUGAAGGCACUGUCCCUGGGGGCAUCGACAGUUAUGAUGGGAUCUCUGUUGGCCGCCACCACAGAAGCUCCAGGCGAAUAUUUCUUUUCUGAUGGGGUGCGACUGAAGAAAUACAGAGGCAUGGGCUCACUAGAUGCCAUGGAGAAAAAUGCCAGCAGCCAGAAACGAUACUUCAGCGAGGGCGAUAAGGUGAAGGUGGCUCAGGGAGUGUCGGGCUCAGUGCAGGACAAAGGCUCCAUCCAUAAAUUUGUCCCAUACCUCAUCGCUGGAAUCCAACACGGCUGCCAAGACAUUGGUGCAAAAAGCCUCUCUGUGCUUCGGUCCAUGAUGUAUUCCGGAGAGCUGAAGUUCGAGAAGCGGACCAUGUCUGCUCAGGUGGAGGGUGGCGUACAUGGACUUCACUCUUAUGAGAAACGUCUUUACUAAUAGAGCGGGCAGAACACGGAUGGGAAACAGCGACCAAACACCUCAGACAAAUCCUAGAACUUACCCCACCCUGCCAGAACCCGUUCUCCGCUCUUCACCGUUCCUCUGGCACGACCACCACAGUGAGAUAUGGAGAAGAGAAGUAUUAAAUGAGUUUGAGAGUAGGACCGCAAACUAAUUCAGUCCCCCAAAACAUGGCAGUUGCACUCAAGGGAGCAUCAGGGUUACCCAAAAGCUGCUUGUUUGUGUGUUUAUGAGCAGACUGGCAGAAACAAGGCAGCAUUUGCAGCGAAUAUUCUUGAAUGCCUUUUUUUCCUCCCAAACUGAUUCUUGCAACCAUGUUUUUGUCUUGAAUAUUUUUUAAGGCAGCAUCAGUGUCUAUAUCACCAUAUCCACCUGCAAAAUGAUAGCUGCCUUCAAACCAAGUUCUCCAGCUAUACUUGAGGCAAUCUUUUCUGUAGUAGAUUUGUAACUACUGAAGAUGCUAUGAGAUAUAUUUUUAUUUUAGAAGGCAGAGGUACAUAGCAAAUUAAUGUCAAUUUUGUGAUAGUUAAAUGUCUAUUGUAUUAUCGGUGGGUCAGUUUUCUCUACGUCCACCAACCCGCAUUCUGUAACUGUGGGUAUGAUUCAUACUGAAAAUAAUUAUACCAAAACUGAUAUCUGUAGAUAUAUGUAGUUGCUCUGAGAGUGUCAUGCUAAUGUGUCUGGAUUGCAUUUUUGACCAAAAAGCUGGAACUUAUACUGAAGGGUUUGAUGAUUAUCAAGGUCAAUUAUGGCCGACUUUUAAUGCAGUCUUUGAGGAAUUUUACAGAAGAAUAGUAAUUAUGGGAUCUGGGUUAAUGCAGUUGUGACUCUGAGUGCUGUACAGGUAUGAAGAGUUUUCUUUUGCAUGCUGCAGUAUUCUUUUUUUAUAUUAUUUACAUAACUGCCAAGUGCAUUUUUUUGUUAACUUGACUAUUUAAUCUUCUAUAAAAGCCAAAUAAAUGCUGUGAGUAUCCUGGUCUUCUCUCAGGAUAUGUUUGUCCAUCUAAAUAUCCCCUACAGCUUUGCGUGUUGGGUGGACCAGUGACAUGCCUUGAAUUGUGUAAUAAAUGGACACCUCUGUCUUAACCCAAAACAUGCCACUCAUGCUCGCCAGAUCCUGUGGCUUCAUAAAACUAUGACUGCCAAAUGAUGCAUGUCAACCAUAUGAAUUUAAAUGAGUGUUUUUGUAAUACAUUUUCAGUACUAUUUGUUUAGCUUUUUGCAGUUUCUGCUAGAGGUUUUUUAUUUUAUAUCUUAGCAUUAAAUAUGUGGACUAUUAUUCAAGCUGUACAAAAUUCUCAGUAUAACGAUGUACAAAGACACACUUUGCAUCCUUUACAUCAACUGAAUGUUGUUUGUUAGUGUGUUGCUUUUCCCCCAGUCACAGUCUCUGACAACUCAAGAGCCAAGUUUGUUUACCGCAGUGUACUCAACUGAGGUUGCAUAUCCUAUCCAAUAUUGUUUAAAAAAUAAAUAAAAGUACUUAAUCUGUUA